UGGGGCGAUUUGCGGUCGGAAAAAUAUGUAAGAAAGCUAAUUUUCACAAAUUUUCAGUCCAAUCGGGCUGUGCGAUCUAAGUAGAUCUCUUUUAAAAGUGAAGCUGAGAUGGAAAAGCCAAAUCAGUUGUCUUCUGAAAUCCGCGAAAUGCUGAACAUAAUCGUCUGGUUUUCCCUGUCGUUUAUAAGUCUGUCCUGGGCUCAAGGAUCGCGUUCCUAUCUACCACCACCGAAUGCGGCCAUGGCACCGAUUAUAACCAAGCAGUUUUAUAGCAUCUCACCCGCCGAAGAUCCCGAGGACGUGGAGCCAAAAACAAGACAUUUGGUCAUCGGACAACCGCGCAGGAAUUACCGAGUCAUCUUCAUUCGAGCUCCGGGAGCAAAUAGCGAGCGUGUGAAGUAUACGGCAGAGUUGGCGCCUCAGGAGGAGCGAACCGUGAUCUAUGUUUUGACCCGGAAGCAACAGGAGCUGGAGGCCACCGAUAUUGUGGCGCCUCAGGAAAAACCGCAAGCCGAACAGAAGCCGGACGUGUUCUUUAUCAAAUACAAAACGAACGAUGAGGCGGCGGCUGCCCAAAAGGAAAUCCAAACGCAGUACGAUCAACUGGGCGGGAAUACGGAAAUUUUGGCGCCCUAUGUGGCACCCAUUAAAUCGGUGAUUGGGGCACUAAGUAGCCCUCAAUAUCCAGCCACUCCCUACCAAUCGACUGGAUAUCACUACGAUAGACCCACCUCCACAAUAUUGGCGCCAGCGGAACGGUCUUUCUAAAGCCCCGAUUAUAUCCGCCAAUCGUUGAAUAUUCCAUGCUAUUUGCAUAUAAUUGAUAAGCCAUUUCCACAAGCGAAUUUAUCAACAAAACUUGGCGAACGCGUAAAUAAAAAUGGUUUCUUUUCAUUUUUUUUGUUGUAUAAUUUUUGCGAAUUUUUUUUUAUCUGAUUUGCGUUUUGUAUUUAAAGAUAUUGGCAAAAGUGCUUUGACCCUGUGACAAAGGAGAGGUUUUCGAAG